CCUUGACAAGCCGGAAAAGGCUUUCCUGUGACAGUCCGCUGGAUCCAACCUUCAAUUGAAACCGGCUCUUCUUUUUUUUUUUAAAGGAUUUUGUGAAAUAUUUAUAUUUAGAGGGUUAUAUAUGGCGACCAAAGGGAUGAACCUGUUCACUGUGUGCUGUUUGAUUUUCUGGGUUAUCACUGCAGUGUUUGCCGGGCGAGAUUUUUACAAAAUUCUUGGUGUAAGCAAGAGUGCAUCAAUCAGGGACAUCAAGAAAGCCUACAGAAAGCUAGCUCUCCAGUUACACCCUGACAGGAACCAAGACGACCCCAAAGCUCAGGAUAAAUUCGCCGACUUGGGCGCAGCCUACGAGGUUCUAUCAGAUGAAGAGAAAAGAAAACAGUAUGACGCAUAUGGAGAAGAUGGACUUAAAGAGGGCCACCAUAGUUCACACAAUGAUAUCUUCUCCAGUUUCUUUGGCGACUUUGGUUUCAUGUUUGGAGGCAAUCGACAGCAGCAGGACCGAAACAUCCCCAGAGGAAAUGACAUCGUGCUUGACUUGGAGGUCACACUUGAAGAGGUCUACUCUGGGAACUUUGUAGAAGUUGUGCGUAACAAGCCAGUAGCCAAAGAGGCACCCGGCAAGAGGAAGUGCAACUGUCGACCAGAGAUGAGGACCACACAGCUCGGCCCAGGCCGCUUCCAGAUGACGCAAGAGAUGGUGUGCGAUGAAUGUCCCAACGUCAAGCUGGUGAAUGAGGAGCGAACACUGGAGGUCGAAAUUGAACAAGGGGUGAGAGAUGAGAUGGAGUAUCCCUUCAUUGGGGAAGGGGAGCCUCACAUUGACGGAGAACCCGGAGAUCUACGUUUCCGCAUCAAAGUGUUAAAACAUCGUGUGUUCGAGCGCAGGGGUGAUGACCUGUAUACCAACGUCACCAUCUCCCUGGUGGAAGCGCUGGUUGGCUUUGAGAUGGACAUUGUUCAUUUGGACGGACACAAGGUGCACAUCGAGCGGGACAAGGUAACCAAGCCUGGCGCCAGGGUGUGGAAAAAAGGCGAGGGCCUGCCCAACUUCGACAACAUCAAUAAUCGUGGGUCCCUCAUCAUCACCUUUGACGUGGAGUUCCCUCAGACACAGCUGAAUGAAAAGCAGAUAAAGGAGAUUCGUAAGGUGUUGAAGCAAGGCUCCAUACAGAAGGUGUACAAUGGACUACAAGGCUACUAGCAUGAGAUACUUCAUGCUGCUUGGACUGACGUUAAUAUGAGAAACUGCAACAACCACAGCAGCAGCAGGACAAGUGCGACCUGCACCACUUUCCUGGUCACAGUCUAUUUAUGUUAGUUUGGGUUUCCCAACUCAGGAUGUCUCCAAUUUGUUUUUACAUUUCGACAUUCUUUUUCGUGCCCUCUUUUUUUUUUUUUAAAUUAUAACCACACUGUCAGGUUUACACGAACAGUAAAAGAAGUGGGUGCAGUGGUCAGAUGGUUUUGUAAUAAAUUGAGCAAGUCCAGUGGCAUUGUAGACAUUCAUACAAAUUGACAAUAUGAUUGCAGCUAGCGGGGGUUUGAAUUGUUUGUCACUUAAGAUGUCAAAGGCUCUUCUUUUACAUGAUGGUUUAUUCCAGCCACAGAUUUGGUUCGCUGCUGAGAAGACAGCACUCUUGACAUGUGAACAACAUAGGAAAUAGACAGUCGAGUGCUGUAAAUACAGUUGUUUAAUUGGUCAA